AUGACCGACGACAAGGCUGGGCAAUCAAUUGCGCAGUGCAUUGAGGCUGUCUGUUGGCGGAUGCUGGUGGUGGUGGUGGUGGUGGUGCUUGCGCAGCUCUCCAGCCCCCCGUUUUCUAGGCCUUUCCUGCCACCACAUUUUGACAUCACCAGGGUCCGGUGCACACUCUCUCCUCGACCCUCUGGGCACGGGACGUUUCUGUUUCACCCAUUGUUUGCGCCGCCAGCGUUUAUUCUCGGUCCCACGUCCUGCGUCUCCGUAUUUCGGGCGAAUUUGGGUCUCUGGGGUUGCACCAAUUCCUUCCCUCCGUCUCCUCUCUCCUGCGCCUAG